CCAGCCCGGAGCGGCUCUCCUUACACACCGUGGCCUGUCUGUCUACCACACACUCUCCUCCUCUACUCACACACACUCUAUCACCUACCCACACACACACAGAGCCCAGUCUAAUGGCACGACUGAUCCACACAGCAGCGCAGUCAGUGACCGAGCUCUGAGCCGAGCCCAGCCCAGCCUGAACUCAUCCAGCCCGGGGAGUUAAAGCUCCAGCAGCAGCAGCAGAAUGUCCCUUUUCAGCUCUCUCUAAUCCUCUCUCUGCUGAUUCUCUCCUGAUGUGAAGAAAACAAAACACUCGUCCAGUUCGGAGACUCGUGCGCUGGAUACGCAGCUGAUUGGUUGAUCGGUCAUCACUUUUCUAGCUACUUUAAUGCUGAAGGUUUUCUCUUUUACGCACUUUUGUAUGUGGUAAGCUGCAGGAGGGGAGCUCGUGGCUGAGAUCAGGAGUUUAGGACAGGUAGAGAGUUCUCUCAGAUGCCUCUCACCACCAUGGAGGAAGAUAUGAAGUGGAAGAGCUCGCAGGCGCAGUCCGCCGGACAGAGGACUUGCAGCGAGCAUCCGUGCAAGCGGAGGAGCUGCGGAGCGUCCCGCGUGGAAGCGUGCGCCGCGGCGCUCAGCACGGCGCUCUCUCUCGUGGCGUUUGGGAUUUGUGUGCUGGUGUACCUGAGGACCUCGGAGCUCCAGUCCAGAGUGCUCAGUCUGGAGAAACAGCGGGACCCGGAGCUCUCAGGCUGGAUCUCUCUACAGCAGGUGGAGCCCAUCCUGUUAAGUCGGCUGGAUCAGAUGCUGGAAGAGAAAUUAGCGGCUCGUCUACCAAAGGUUCGAGAGACUCGGGAAGUCCCUCACAGUUGUCUUUGCCCACCAGGUAUGUCUGCUUUUAUUCCCAAAGCCAUCUACUGUAUUCUUCCUUAGGCCUGUCACGAUACAUUUUUUUGUGGACAAUAUAUUGUCCCAGAAAUUAUUGCGAUACACGAUACUUUUGUCAUUUUAAGACUAUUAAAUGCUACUGACAUAAUGAUAAAAGAACAGCCUUU